AUGAAGCUGAGUGUAAUAUUUCAGAUCGGGAGAACAACUCCUUCGAAACUUCAUCACCGAGCAAUUAGGAAGACAAGAAAGAGGAUUGAACAGUCAGUUCAUGAUUCAAAGAGAUAUUACAGCCUGAACCGUCUUGAAAAUGCAGUGGGUCGUACUUCAAAUGCUGGGCAUAUUGAGAAAAAGGCACUUCUGCCGAUUACAUUGGCAGAAACAUCGUCAUACAAUCCUUCUCUGGUAGAACAAUCAUGGUAUGAUUGGUGGGACCAGAUUGGCGCAUUCAAACCCGAUCUUACAUCUGACAAGACAAUAAAAUCUGAAGGUUUAUUUUGUAUUCCUGCACCUCCACCAAAUGUUACUGGUUCUUUACACAUCGGUCAUGCGUUAACUAUUUCACUACAAGACGCUCUCAUAAGAUACUAUAGGAUGAAAGGUGCUACUGUAUUAUUUUUACCAGGCUUUGAUCAUGCAGGCAUUGCAACUCAAUCUGUUGUUGAAAGGAAAUUGUGGUCUACAGAGAAAAAGACAAAGUAUGAUUAUGGGAGAGUACGAUUCAACCAAAAAAUAUGGGAAUGGAAGGACUUUUAUCACAAUAGAAUCAAAGAACAAAUCAAGAGGCUUGGAGCGUCAUAUGACUGGAGUAGAGAAGCUUUCACCUUGGAUCCUCCACUGUCAGACGCAGUAGUGGAAGCUUUUGUUAGACUACACGACGAAGGCCUAAUAUAUCGGGAAUCCAAGUUAAUCAAUUGGUCUGUAAAACUUAACACAGCAAUUUCUAAUCUCGAAGUCGACACAAUGCAAUUGAAGGGAAGGACUUUGGUGAAUGUCCCAAAUUAUGAUGAACCUAUCGAGUUCGGUGUUUUGACAACUAUUGCAUAUCGAGUCUGUAACUCUAAUGAAAAAAUACAAGUCGCUACAACUAGGCCCGAAACUAUUUUCGGUGAUGUUGCAAUAGCCGUUCAUCCUGAUGAUCCCAGAUACCAGCAUCUACAUGGCAGGUUCGUUGAACAUCCUUUUCUAGCGAAAAAGAUUCCUAUUAUCCUCGAUGCUGAGAUUGUUAACCAGGAACUGGGCGCUGGUGCUGUUAAAAUUACGCCAGCUCACGACGAAAAUGAUUACAAAGUCGGAAAGCGGCAUGGUCUAGAAUUCAUUAACAUCUUCACCGAUGAUGGCUUAUUGAAUAACAAUUGUGGACGCGCUUGGGAAGGAAUAAAAAGAUUUGAUGCUAGAAGUCUUGUCAUUAAGAAAUUAAAAGAACUAGAUUUAUACUUCGGGCAAGAAGGUCAUGAAACGACAUUACCUAUCUGUUCCAGAUCUGGUGAUGUCAUUGAGCCUCUUUUGAAACCUCAAUGGUGGUUGAAUCAAAAAGACAUGGCAAUAAAAGCUGCAGAUGUUGUUAAAAGUGGUGAAAUAAAAAUUCUACCGAAACAUUCAGAAAGAGAGUAUUUUAAUUGGUUGAAAAAUAUACAGGACUGGUGUAUUUCUAGGCAACUAUGGUGGGGACAUAGGUGUCCUGUCUAUUUCAUUCAAUUAGAGGGACAAAAAACCGAUAAAAACGACGGAAGAUUCUGGGUAGCAGCCAGGAAUUCAGAAGAGGCAUAUAUGAAGGCACACAGAAAGUUUCCUGACUCUAAAUUCACGCUAUACCAAGAUGAAGAUGUCCUGGAUACUUGGUUUUCAUCUGCAUUAUGGCCAAUCUCUACUUUAGGAUGGCCUAAAAACACAGAAGACCUGGAGUUAUUUUCACCGUAUUCUCUUCUGGAAACAGGCUGGGACAUCUUAUUUUUUUGGGUAACUCGCAUGAUUUUAUUAGGAACUCAUUUAACUGAGAAAGUACCAUUCAAGCAGGUCUUUUGCCAUCCGCUUGUUCGUGACGCUUCUGGAAGAAAAAUGUCAAAAUCUCUAGGAAACGUCAUUGAUCCACUGGAUGUAGUGACUGGAGCAACCCCGGCGGAAUUACAGGAUAAACUAUUAAGCGGAAAUUUGGAUUCCAAGGAGAUUGCUAGAGCCCUUGAAGGGCAAAGGAAGAUGUAUCCAAAUGGAAUUGCACGAUGUGGAGCGGAUGCUUUGAGAUUCUCUUUAUGUGGCUAUACCAGCAAUCAGAACUCUGGCGAUAUUUAUUUAGAUAUCAAUCGUAUAGAAACCAACAGAAAGUUCUGCAAUAAAAUUUACCAGGCUACAAAAUUUACAAUACAAAAAUUGGGUGGUGAUUAUCCUCCAUUAAAAAUUAAACUAUCUGGUAACGAAACCAUGAUAGAAAAAUGGAUAUUACAUACUAUGGCCGAAACUUCCAACACGAUGAAUGAUUGUUUUAAAUUGAGAGAUUUUUCUGGGGCUACAUUGGCAAUUCAUCAAUUCUGGCGCUCCAUAUGUGAUGUAUACAUCGAAUAUUUCAAAUACAUUCUGAGAAGUGGCACCGAAGCACAAAUUGCUUCAUGUAAGGAAACGCUUUAUACCGUGAAUGAUAAUGCGCUGAGAUUGUUACAUCCUUUAAUGCCUUUUUUAACUGAAGAAUUAUGGCAAAGGCUCCAUCCUGAGGCUGCACAAAACGUUACAGUAUCAAAACAACCGUAUCCCGCUGCACAAGAAAAUUUCAUGGACGAAAUUAGCUUCUAUAAAUGUACUAUUUUAUUGACGACAAUAAGGGAACUUAGAUCACUUCUUAACCAAUAUCAUAUGCUCAAGAAGUAUAACGUUUCUAUUUCUGUCACUGACGAGGUAAUUUCGAAAGAAUUAAUAGAUCAGGAUCUUUUCAUAAAGCAUUCGGUCAAAUCAAACCUCGUGGAUCUUCAUUAUAACAACAAUCAUGAAGACUUCUCGAGAGGGUAUGCAACAAAAACUGUUGAUAAGAAUGUGUCUAUUCAUUUGACUCUCCAAGACAAUGUUGAGAAUCCUCAUCGGGAAGUUUUGAAGUUAGAAAAAAAGUUGAAGAACUUAGAAAGAAAAAGAUCCUCACUAGAACACUCAAUGAAUUCAUCUGACUACGAAAUGAAAGUUCCUGAUGGAAUAAAAAAUCUAACCAAAAGGCAUUGGAUGAUACUAUUGCCAAAAUUUCAGGUUUAA